GAUGGUUUGGAAGACACCCUGUUCGUUCUGGCUCAUGGCGUAGAGCUGCUCGGUCGCAACGUGAUGGCUAUCCAUGUUGGGUCCAUGAGGGGCCGCAAGACCAUAGUCGCGUAAUGAAGACAUGGUGUCGCUGCUAAGUCCUUGGAUGAAGGACUGCAGAUGUGUGAUGUGUGUGUGGUAAAAGUAGGUGAAGCGUGAACAGCUUCCCUUAAUAAGAUAUGGUUCGAGCUAGAAGAUGGCGAGCGAUGACGGAUGUGUCGGCGGGAGACUUUCUUUUGCGGGAACUGAGGGUGUUAUCAGUCGAGUCGUUGCAGGGACGGACAGCUGCACGAGGUGCUUGUAGGAGAAUCGACUGGAGUAGGAUGCACGAUGCCGUAUUUGAAGACAGGGAAGGUGGGUAUGAACUGGAGGAGGUACCGGAAUAGACGGAACCCUCGACAGACAACGUGCAACACAACGGAACGUGAGUGGUUGGAGAAGAGAGAGGAAGUACGGCGGGGAUCUACAUUUGUAUGGAAAGCUGCUCAGACAUGUCAGACAGUCAGGCCCACGCAGCCCGCGGAUGAAUGUCCAAGCACCCUCAACCCGAGCUCCAAUUUUUUUUCUCUUCACCAAAAUCCUCGCCUACCGUUGGAUGGCACGCGAGCACUUGCCAACUUGAGCUGGACAAAGCGCCUGUUCAUGGGCCGAACAAGCGCCAAACAACCCAGCGAACAUCGCAAAAAAUCCGGGCAUCAAAGCGGUCGUGGGGCGAUCGCGUUGAAUCUUAACGGCAAAAUGGAAAAUCGAAGCUCAGUAAAAUUGUCGGCCCUAUGUCACCGCUCGACUCCGACUUCUCUCUCACACUCGACCACAACUCGCCUGCGCAUGCUUCUUUCUGGAAAUAACAAGCUGUAGACAAGCGUUUCCAACUGACACAAAAAAGCUUUGCCAAUGACGAAGACAAGGACGACAGCAGCGCCAGCCGCAAGCCUCAACUGCCAAUUGAGUUGAUAAAUUCGUUUUCGAGAUGGAAGA